AUGGCCUCCGGAUCCCGUGCUUCCAGCUGGGAGCGUGUGUUGGUGAGCGAUGGCGCUCCCGCUUCUUCCGGAUACUACCCCGAGCUCAUCGCCUUCUCCGAGACGGACAAGAAGCAAUGCGUCGACCUCCUCACCAAGGCAAUGUUGCUUGGCGAAGGAGAUGAUGUGUGGACCGAGGCCGUGGCAACCUUCAAGGACCGCCGCGCCAAGUACAUCAACGAGGACUUGUGGGACACAGUGUGUGCCCAGUUCCAGGCACGUCGUGCAAAGAAGGCUGGUGGCACUAUGGCCGAUUCUUCGAAGCGGCAGCGUUCUACGGGACCCUCGGCGGCUCCUCCAGGAACUCCUCCCGCUAUGCUUCGUGAUCCUCCCUCGUGGUCUGAAGCCUCCGUGACCGCAGCCAGCCCAGAUCGUCCUCGUGGCCCACCUCCACCUCGUCCGGUGAAUGAGCCACGACCUUCUGCUGCUCCUCGUGCUGAUGUCGACCGCAAUGUUCUUCCCCGCGAUGUGCACUCCCUCGACCAAUGGGGCCGCACCAAGAUCGCCUUCGGCAAGUACGCGAGCAAGAACUUGAGCUACAAGGGCCUCGUGGAGCUACGCGACCGCGAAUCUACCUCCUACAUCAAGUGGUGCAUUCCCCGCGCCAAGACCGGCGGUGAAGCUCUGGCUGAUUUAGCCAAGUACUUGAGCGUGCUGAAGGACAAGAACAUGCUGCCCAGUCCGCCUUUGAGCCCGGAAGAAGGUGUCUUACUUGCCGAGGAACGUGGACGUGGUCAUCACACCCUCGUUCGUCUUCACGAGGAGGAAGAAGGAGCUGAGGAAGAAUUUGGUCGACAACUUCUUGGAGCAAGUCUUGAACAUGACAUAGACGUCUUGAAGAGGGCGGACUUGUUGGUGGUUGACAGGACGACCUUCUUGAACGAGAACCACGCGAACUCCAUCUUGAGGAGAGGAUUCAGCGAGAAGAAUUUGAUCAGAGUCACGUCCAAGUCCUUCGUAAAGAAGAAGCUGGACUUCAAGGACUACUUGAAGCUCAAAUCCAAAGUCCUGGGGACAUUCACUGUGGCGAAGAAGAAGAUCUUGGACUACUUACCGAGCUUCUUGGAGGUCAAGAAGAUGAAGAAGAACAACAUGACCUUCAGGUUCAGGAAGGAGGUCUUCCCCUUUGUCCAUUCCUCCAAGAUGAAGUCUAGCGACACGAUGAUCUUCAUGUCGAGGCUCCGGACCGUGAGGAAGGUCAUCUACAACUCCUUGUUCAAGAAGUUCGAGACCAACUCGACGCUGGGGAUCUCGGCUGACGACCUUGGCAAAUUGGAGGAGACGAUCAGGGCCGUCAAGGAAUCGCCGGAGAAGUGGAUCUACACCAGGCACGCAGCCCUCUGCAGGCUCAUCUCGGAUCACUUCAAGUUGGACUUUACCAAAUCCGACAUCCCUAUCAAGCAGAUGUUCAGGGUCAACACCCUCCGCACGCCAGACCUUUUGAUCAGCGCUGACUCCAACCACCUCAAGCUCAUGGAGAAAACCGUUACCGAGAAGCCAGCCAGCGCGAGGCUUUCCGAGAAGAUAAGGUUUUACAACCCGAUGGUCGCCAAGUUGGAGAAGAAAGGGUUCCAGGUCACGAUGGGAGUGGUCGUGUUGAGUAUCAGCGACAAGAAGAUCUUGAUGACCAACAACGUGGAGGACAUGUUGGACGAUCAUGUUCUCCUCGAGAAGAUCAUGGAAUUCGCCAGGGGGGUGAAGAAAAUCGAAGACAACCUGAAGGACCAGGGCAACAAGCUCAACAAGUUGUCGGACUCCUUGAGGUUGAGCAGGAUGGACCAAGAUCUGCAUCGAGUUCUUGUGCUCGCCCAUCAAGCACCUGGAGUCCUUCGACAUGUUCUGCAACAAAUGAAGAGCUUCUGGAACAGCAUGGACAUCGACCACGAGAUGAAAUUAAAGGUGGCAACUGAGAUGAUGAUGGAGAAGAAGGAGACCACCAGGCUCUACAAGGAGUCCACGAUGAACUUGGACGAGAUCUUGAAGGCGCUGGAGACGCACAAGAGCUCUGUCUUCAGUAUCGGGGCGAUGGAGCAGGUGAAACCCAAGAUCAAGAUCCCCUUUUACACCGCCGACAAGAGCCUCUCUCAGCUGAAGUCCGUGACUCUGAGGAGACUCGGUUACUCCAAGCUCAAGAGCAACUACGUCACCUUCAUCAGGGACAUGACGAACGACGACUUCUUUACAAAAACCAAAGAGUCCAAGGAGCUCAAGACCAAGGGGGUGGGGUUAAAGAACGAUCACGUGAACUACAUGGAGAAGGCCGUCAAAUUCCUCUCGAAAGACACCAAGAAGUCGUUCUCCGUCCACAAGAGGGACAAGUUCAAGACCGAAGAGAUGAAGUUCUCGUACAGCAAGAUGUACAUGGGGGAGGGUGUCAAGUUGAAGAGUUUUCGUGUGGCUUUGGAUGCUGUGUGA